AAUCUUUCACUAGCCCUUCUUAUAGGCUCUUGCAUCUAUAAUAAGCAAACCAUUAUGGAGGCUACCAUAGCUGCGCCUAAGCAUGUUAGCAGUGAUGAUGCCAAGAACAGGCGAACUGCCAACUACAAUCCAAACAUUUGGGAAUAUGAUUUUGUUCAAUCCAUACGAAGCAAGUUCGGGGAUGACACCUACAAAAGAAGAGUGGAGAAGCUGAAGGAGGAUGUGAGACAUGUGCUCAUAAAUAACAAUAAAAUGAUCCUAUUGGCUCAGCUGGAAUUGAUUGACGACCUCCAAAGGUUAGGUCUGGGGUAUCACUUUGAGAAGGAGAUCAAGGAAGCAUUUUAUGCUUUGAUAUCACUCAUAAACAAUAGUGGUAGAAUAAGUGAUGAUCUUCAUUCUACAGCCCUAGGCUUCAGGCUCCUCAGGCAACAUGGCUAUUUGGUGACACAAGAUGUGUUUAGCAGCUUCAUGGAUGAAACCGGGAAUUUCAUGACAAGCCUUUCUCAGGACAUUAAAGGAAUGCUUGGUUUGUAUGAAGCUUCAUACCUUGCUGUAGAGGGUGAAAACAUGAUGGACAAGGCCAAAGCUUUCUCUACCAGAACUCUAAAGGAUCUCAAGGGAAAUGCAUAUAUGGACCCAUACUUUGCUGAUCUAGUUGUCCAUGCACUUGAGGUUCCUACCCACUAUAGGGUGCCAUGGUCAGAAGCUAGGUGGUACAAUAAAGCAUAUGAGAGAAGGGAACAUAUAAACCCUACUUUAUUGGAACUAGCCAAAUUGAACUUCAACAUUUUGCAAGCUACCCAUCAAGGAGAGCUCAAGGAAAUAUAUAGGUGGUGGAAGGACGAGGGUCUUGCUGAGAACUUGAGCUUUGCAAGGCAUAGACUAGUGGAGUGUUUCUUAUGGGCAGUGGGAACAGGUUUUGAGCCUCAAUAUGGUUAUUUAAGAAAAUGGCUGACCAAAAUCAUCAAUCUGGUUAUCCUAAUUGAUGAUGUUUAUGAUAUUUAUGGCUCAUUGGAUGAACUAGAGCAAUUCACUGAUGCAGUGGAUAGGUGGGAUGACAAGAAAAUUCAGCAUCUUCCAGACUAUAUGAAGAUAUGUUUUCUUACACUUUAUGGAACAACUAAUGAAAUCUCCAGUGGCAUUCAGAAAGACCAGAAUAAGAACAUUGUGAACCAUCUUAAGAAAGUGUGGACAGAUUUUUGUAAAGCGUUGAUGGUGGAAGCAAAGUGGUUCAAUAGCAAAUACUCACCAUCUCUGCAAGAUUAUCUAGACAAUGCACGGAUCUCAUCCUCAGGGGCCAUCCUUCUAGUUCAUGCAUAUUUUGCUCUAGCCCAAGAGACAAGUGACGAUGAAGUAGGUUUCCUGAUGACCAAUCAGGAUUUUAUGUACUAUCCAUCCUUGAUCAUUCGACUUUGCAAUGAUUUGGGGACUUCAGCGGCAGAACAGGAGAGAGGUGAUGCUCCAUCAUCAAUCCUAUGCUACAUGAGGGAAGAAGAAGUUUCAGAGGAGAUAGCUCGAGAGCACAUAAAAGGCAUGAUAGUGGAAUCAUGGAAGAAAAUGAAUGAAAAUUGUAUCUCCCACUCAUCUCAUUUGCCUCCUAUAUUUCUUGAUUUCACCUACAACGUUGCAAGAGUGGCUCAUUUAAUUUACCAAUAUGGAGAUGGCUUUGGGGUUCAAGACCGUGAAACCAAAAACAAUGUCUUGUCUUUGUUGGUUCAGCCUAUCCAACUUUAAGGUUGACUAGUGAUGGUUUCAUUAUCACCACAAAAAAUGAUUAUUAACAUGAUGAUGGAGGUGGUGGUUUUAUUUGAAUUUCAAGCUUAAAAAUGUAAUUUACAUAGACUUUUGUUGUGUUU